GAACUCACCGCUUACAUGCUUGACAACUUCAAGAACUUAAGUGAGUCGGGGUGGGGGGGGAAGAAGUUUAGGACAGUAACUUUGUCUUGCAACGUUUGGAUCACGGUGAUGGUGAAUAAGUUAUCACCGCGACGGUCUUGUGAUAUUCUUUGAACGACGCGGUCAUUCCGUCCCGUGUGAGAUUUGUUGUCGCGCGCCACGCAGGCAGCUAAUACCUCCGUAGGAAAGAAUCUAUAACGCGGAACGAAGUUGCCUCGGGCUCAAUGUGAUACUUUGAUUUCUCGCAUUUGGGGGGGGAGAAAAAAAACAAUAAUAAUUAAGAUGAUACCGUGUUGGAGGUACUUGCGGAGCAGCAAGAGCGUCCUGGGCUUCGUGUUCGUGGCUUCUGUCAUUUGGUUGCUGCUGGACAUGGCUGUCCUCCGCUUGUCCGUCCGCGACGUCAACACUCGUCUACUGAAGGAGAGAGUGAUCCGGCGGCAGGACCUGACCAGGCGGCAGGACAAAGUUACGCCGCUCAUGGAGACGUUCUUGGAGGAGUCGGUGGUCAAACAGGAGGUCUCGGACAAAGUCUCGGACGGGGUGGACGUCCAACCCGUCGGACUGUACAGACGUCGUAAAGAUAAAGCGGCUGUUAAGGAUAACCAGAACCGGCGAGGCAAUCCGAGUAAGGUUAAACCGGAUUCCGUUGCUAAAGAGCCAGUGGAUUUGCAAAACGGCGUCGAAAAGAACGACUCGGUUGCACUGAGCCGUCGCGCCGUCAACGCGAAGAUCAUCGAACCCGCGAAGGCCGCCCCAAAUACAAGCGUGCGAGUGUUCAAUCAGCCCCGGGCCGUGAAGGAGCAACCGCCCGUUCAAGAACUUCCCUUGAAGGAGGACAACCAAAAAGAACCCCCCAAUCAAGGAGCACGCAACACAUCUUCAGCGAAAGACGAGAAACUCCAACUCCAAAAUAACUCGAUCGUCGCCCAUCCCGUUAAGGCGAGCGUCCACCAGGUGCUGUCCCUCGACGCGACCGCCGCCCCCAGAGAUCCCGACGCCGUGGGCCAGUUCGGCCAGCCGGCGACGGUCCCGAGCGAAGACUCGGUGAAGAUGAAGCAGAGGUGGAACGAGGGCUUUUUUAACGUCUACCUGAGCGAGCAGAUCCCACUGGACCGAGCCAUUCCUGACACCAGGCCGGAGAUCUGCGCCGGCAACGUGGUCCACGACGAGCUGCCGUCCACCAGCGUGAUCCUCUGCUUCGUGGACGAAGUGUGGUCCACCCUGCUGCGUUCCGUUCACAGCGUCCUCAAUCGGUCGCCGCCGCACCUCCUCAAGGAGAUCAUCCUGGUGGACGACUUCAGUAAAAAAAGAUACCUGAAGGAGAAUCUUGACCACUACAUGGCUAACUUCAGCAAGGUCCGAAUCAUUCACCUGCAGGAGCGUCAAGGCCUUAUCAGGGCUCGGAUGGCCGGGGCGGCAGUUGCCACAGGUGAGGUUCUCACCUUCCUCGACUCUCACGUGGAAUGCAACGUGGGCUGGCUGGAGCCUCUGCUGGAGCGCAUCUACCUGGACCGCAGCAAGGUCGCCUGUCCGGUCAUCGACGUCAUCAGCGACCAGGACAUGAGCUAUAAAAUGGUUGACAACUUCCAGAGAGGCAUUUUCACUUGGCCUCUCACGUUCGGUUGGAACGCCCUCUCCGACGAGUACGUCAAGAAGAACAACAUGACGGCGGCUGAUCCCAUCAGAUGCCCCGUCAUGGCCGGAGGGCUUUUCUCCAUUGAUAAAAAAUACUUCUAUCAACUCGGCGCCUACGAUCCAGGCCUGGAAGUUUGGGGUGGGGAGAACAUGGAGAUUUCUUUUAAGGUCUGGAUGUGCGGGGGCCAAAUCGAGAUCAUCCCCUGCUCCCGAGUGGGCCACAUUUUCCGAGGACAGAACCCGUACCAGUUCCCCAAUGACCGGCGCAAGACGGUGGAGCGCAACUUGGCCCGGGUGGCCGAAGUGUGGCUGGACGAAUACAAGGAGCUUUUCUACGGCCACGGCUACCGCCACCUGCUGGACAAUAUCGUCAGUGACAUCGGUGACCUCUCCCAACAGAUCCAGCUGAGGGCCAAGCUCAAAUGCAAGAGUUUCAAGUGGUACCUGGACAACGUGUACCCGGAGUUGGAGGCUCCUUUAGUCAAAGCUGCGGGUCUGGUCUUCAAUCGAGGCUUGAGAACUUGUCUUUCUGUGCAUGCGGGUGUUCUCUUCUUUGAGACGUGUGAUCUCAGCAAGCAGAGUCAGCACUUUAACUACACGUGGCUGAAGCAGAUCCGCCAGGAGGACAUGUGUGUCGAUCACAACGAAGGCCGUUUGAUUUUACAGCCAUGUAGCGUCGAGCGCACCGCGCUACACUGGCUGCACAAAUCCUCCAAGUCAAAACUGCCUCAGCACUUGGUGGCUGAGAAUGGCGGCAAACAAGCGUGUAUGGAAGUGAUCAAAUCCUCAAAAGUUCACAUCCUACACCUCGCCGCCUGUAACGUCGACAGCCUCUUCCAGCAAUGGGAGUUCACAAACUACUACGCACAGUGAAGAGCAACAACUUUCUGGGGGAAUGUGCACGAGAUACGUUUAAGGUUCACGUCUUAACGGACCUCAAGGUGGAUAUCAAGGAUAGGGAAUAAACGCUAAGUGAGUAAUUAGUGUCAUGCAGGGACAGUGGAAACGUGCAAUGAUUUCAUGCCCUUUUUUU